GAUAUAGGCCAACAACCCUGCACGAUUUUGCCAAAUAGUGACGAGGGCACUCGCUGAAGCAUAUGGCAGACCUGGCGUACUUGCGCACCAGGCUGGAGGUUGUUGACAAGGAAAUUAAGGAUACACAGACGGCGUUGAAGACAACUGAGAGGGAGCUUCUUGAGAGGCCUCAGGACGAUGUCCUUCUUGCCCAGCGCGACCGGCUGGUCAACGACCUUCAGCGUCUGUAUGCUCGCCAAAAGAACCUGGAGGACAGUCUUACAGCGUCGCUGCCGGCUGCUACUGCCUUGGCGCCUGGCCUGGGCAGCGCGGAUGGAGCCGGCACGGCAAGCGCUGCCAAUCAGGGCGCGGUGCCUCUCCUGGGCACAGGAGGCCCUGCAGCUGGUGCGCCAGCACCAGGACUGAAGGACCGCUUCCUCAGACUGGGCGUUGCAUUCAUGCACGUCAUCGUGGUCUACCUGAUGGUGCCACCCCUGAAGCAGGCUUGGUUCCAGCCCAGCUCAACGCUCAGCGCUUACGCAAAAGUUGUUGAGGGCCUCCACAAGUCGCUACAGAACUGGCGAUCUGAGUCAGCGUCUCUGUUGGCUGCACCUAUCAUCUUCGUCCUGGGACGUGACGUCAACUCCGCAACCAACAUCCGGCACGCGCUGGUGGAGAUGCUGCUGGGGCACAAGCGACCUGUAUCGCUGCAGACUGGGGGCGGCAGCGGCGGCGGCGGCGGCGGGGGCAGCGGCGGCGGCGGCAGCGGCAGCGGCGGCGGCGCGUGCGCGCAUCUUGGUAGCGGAGGGGGCGGGAAAGGCCACGUGGAGGCGGAGAGCGCAGCGCCGCCCAAGAAGUGGCGCAAACGCGCAGGCUGAGGAGCCGGCUGGCGGUGUCUAGGUAGCGGUCCGCGGUGGGGCUGGCAGGGCAUGCGUAGCGGCAUGACAAGUAGUGCGGCUGUUGACAACUGUGCUGCGUCUGGCUGCGGUUGGCUCUGCUGGCAUCGCGAUUGCUAGGCACCUGGUUUGGCUAUGUGCCUGUGGAAACCGACCCCGGCUAUGUCCGGGCGAUGAGGAUAGCCGGGCGAUCAGGUUGUUCGGCCUCAGACUGUGGAGGGGCUCAGCCCCUUUUCCCGUGACCGGGGAACACUUGUACGCUGUAGAGGAAUGCACUACGUAUGAUUCGCUGAGUUAUCAAGUUGUUUUAUGUUGACUUCUUACCGUUACCGUGCAUUGCGGGCAACACGAAAGGAAGCGUGCGGCGAGUAAAUAACUUGGCUUGGUAGUCACGUUCGUCUCACGAACCAACGCCGUUACCAACAAUAAUAGAGGUGUGUUACAGCGUCAGGGCUCUGCUUUGAGUCGCCAUUAUCUACCGGCAAGGGCUUUUGAGGUCCUGCUUGACAUUCGGGCCUGACCGACCCGACCAUAUCAACUGUUGCACUCCUUCCCAGACACGUUUGGUGUACGACAUGAGGUACUGUGCACGCUACUGUUUUUUACAAGCAUUUACACUGGCCACCGGCGGUUGAUUCGGAGGUGUGAAGUGGGGGUGAGAGCGGCGGGAACACUUCGACCCAUGCUCAUGCAUGUUUGGGGGUUCGUGUCAGGUUGUGCCGGCUGGUUAGGCGUGUGGUCAGCAGUUCGCCUGUCGGGUUUGCCCGUGGGGUUUGCCUCUGCAGGAUUAUUCUGCUGUGUUCUGCCCUGGGUGCUGACGUAGGCUGAGGCAUGCAGGCAUUGUACAGGGUUGAGGCUGAGCGCCAGUGCCAAAGAGGGAGCUAUGUUGGGGCUGCGUGAUUCUUUUUGUUUGUAUUGUUUUUGUUUGUAUUGUGCGGCUUAAGACUUGAUACGUGGCUCAGCCAUUUUUUUGGGCUGAGCCCCCCCCAGCGCAGCGUUUCAUGGCCGCCGGCGGCGGCGGGGCCGGGCUGAGAGCCUGAACGGCGCUAGCAGGGCGUGGGGCUGAGGGUGCAAGUGUCGAUUGGCGGCGAGUGACGUGACUAGUUUGUUAGCUGCGGGUUAGCACGGACUGUGCACCCCACCCAACCGGCCACGUCCGGAUUUGCGGCGAUGCCAAAGGCCCCCAACAUAGAGGCGUGUGCUUAGUAGGCGCCCGCGUCAAGGUGGCUGGGUUGAUAACGACCCGGGAGGGGAGGGCUCAGCCCUUUUCCUGCCUCCCUAGGCAGCCACCUCCUUGUUGUUUGUAUUGACGGUGUACGUCUAGCCCCCGCGGCAGCGUUAUGGGCGUGUCAGCGUGGUGUCAGGGUCCGACGGGGCUGGCUUAGCAGACAGACACAACGCGGCCGCGCAGCCUUGUGAAAGCUUCGCAGAUCA